ACACACUAUUAUGAUGGCUUCUCGAGAUAAUUUUUGCCGAAAACCUGGAAAUUUUGUCGAAAAGCCCUGCGCCACGUUGUACGGAUUUAAAAGCGAGACGAUUCUUUUCUGGUGGUAACCUACGAAACAUGCGCUCCGCACGACCUUUACAUGUGACGCUCUGAAGAGAAUGAGCCUUACAAUAGUUCAGCUUAAAGAUAGAAUGGAGUAAUAUCAUAUGGGGGAAAUGUAUAUUAAGCUUUUCAGAGGGAUCAAAACUUUAGAGAAUAUUAUCACACUAAGACUGAAAAGAGGGCUUUCUGUGUCACGAAAGAAUAUUUUGUCCAUCAACAGUUUAUAUUUUUGUCAGCGGGGGUUCGGAAAUGUACUCACGAUUGACGUUCCCCACGUCAAUGUUCAAGAACCGUAAACUUGUCCCAGACACUUGACGCAUAAUUAAUAUUGUCCUCUUUCCACAGAGAAAACUGUCAUUGGACGAUCUGUUGUCUUAUAUAAUUUAUUCGUCCAGCUUCCACUACAUAAGAAGUAGCUUGACUAAUCUGAGUCGCAUUUGCCUUGCAAAAGUCCUUUACUUCAGAUAGCAAGCAACCAUGGUAGGUUGGGGUUACGAAAAAGAGAAUGGUCCCGCACACUGGCACAAAGAUUGUCCGAUAGCUAAUGGUAAGAAUCAAUCGCCGAUCGAUUUAAUCACCGGUGAAGCGAAGUACGACUCUGGUCUGAAGCCCUUGACUGCGAAGUAUACUCCGUUUAGUGACGCUAAGUUUUUGAACAACGGCCAUUCCGUGCAGUUCCAACCGAGUCCUGGAAAUCCAUCAGAACUAACUGGAGGAAUGUUGACUGCAAAGUACAACUUUGAGCAAUUUCAUUUUCACUGGGGUGGCAAUGACGCCGAGGGCUCAGAACACAGAGUAGAUGGAAAGAUGUACCCAGCCGAG